GAGGGGGGAGCGCAAGCGAGGGGGGAGAACCAAUAACCAAAAGUCGGUGUUUGAACCGGAGGAGGAGAAAAAUAAUCAUGCGGAAUCCAUGAAACGUGCACACUCUAAACCCCCACGCCGUGCAUCGCUGUCACGCGCGGGCACAGAGGCCGAUCGAGGGUAAGACCUCAUUGGCUGGUGUGACCCCAAAGGCCCGCCUCCUCUCAAGGUGGGCCCCCGAUUGGCCGAACCGUAUCUGGUGUGAAAAUGGCCGCCCUCAGCUGAAGAGCUAACCGCCGCAAAAGUCACCGUUCAUUUAUUUCCAGGUGAACCGUGACCCCCCCUCCCCUCCCCACGAUUUGCUCCAGAGUACUAUGGCAAUGCAUGAUAUGAGUCGAGCCAAGGGUUUCCCCUGUAAAGAGUGUGAUAUGGUUUGUCCGAGUACUCCAAGUCUCCUAGAACACAUGAAAGCACAUUACCAGCAGGAAGAGAACGGGCGCUUUGAGUGUGAACAGUGUGGCAGAAUCUACAAGCACGCAGCCAGUCUCGCCAACCAUAAGAAGUCUCACGAGGUGGGUUCCUUCCAGUGCCCCGUCUGCACCCGCACGCUGCCCAACGCCGUGGCCCUAAAGAACCACCUGCGUAUCCACACACUUUCCCCCAGCAGCGCACACGCCGAGGAGGAGAGCGAGGAGGUGCCUGAGGAGGCAGGCCACGACGAGAGGGAUUACAGUCUCGCCCAGGACCUCUCCGAAGGUUUCGGGCGCCCUCACCUGAACAACAGCGGCGUGGGACACGGCGUUCUGCCGAGCCACGAGACCGAGGACCACGGGAAGAAAGGGUCCCCCGAAUCGGACGACGCCUGGGACCGACCCUUCAAGUGUGACCAGUGCGACCGGACAUACCGGCACCACGGCAGCCUGGUGAACCAUAAGAAGUGUCACCAGCAGGGAACCUUCAAGUGCGCCGUGUGUUUCAAGCCGUUCAGCAACCUGGCGGCCUUAAACAGCCACGAGAGAACUCACUCCAAGUUCAAGACCCCCGGUGCGACCAUGGUGAGCGGCGUCGGCAACAGCCUCCACGGGUCGGAGCGCGGCGGAACGCAGUCGUCUCAGAGCGAUGACACAGCCUCGUGUUUCUGCCACCUUUGCCAGAUUGCGCUGCCAAACAAGACAGACUUUCAGGAGCACAUACUGCUGCACAACGCGGCCUCGCCCUCCCUCGGCCUGCCGCGCAGCUUCCCGGGCAUCAUGCCCCACAACCUGACUGCGGUACGAGCGCCGGUGUACCCUCCCACCCUGGGCGACCCUCUGCCGCUGCCACCGCUGCCCAGUGACAAGAGAGGCCCCUACGACCCCAUCAUGGGCCCCCCGGUCAACAACCCCAUCUACACCUGCGCAUACUGUGGCGCGGGACAUCCGGAUCUGGACACCCUGAAGGUCCACUAUCUGACCCACGACCCCCACCCUGGCUCCCACGGCCAGGACAACUCGCUGCUCAAUUCGGACACGCUGAGCUCCGGGUCACAGGGCUCUGUGUCCUCGCCCUCCGGGGGCCGCGUCCCCCAGGCCAACUCGCCGGAAGACGGGGAGCGCCGCUUCAAGUGCGGCGAGUGUGGCAAAAGCUACCGGCACGCAGGGAGCCUGGUCAACCACAAGCGCUGCCACCAGACUGGGCACUACCAGUGCACCAUCUGCUGCAAGCAGUACCCCCACUUGGCGGCACUGCACAGCCACCUGCGCAGCCACAAGGGGCGCGGCGCCAACCAGCCCAUCAACAACGACAGUAACGACUGGCUGUCCCCGGAGCCGCUGACCCUGGACUCCCAACAGAGCUACGUACAGGAGGGCAGCGGGGCGACCACGCCCAUCUCCCUGCCGGGGAACCUGGGGGACUCCGCCCACUUUGUCCCUGAUGGCGGCCACAGCAGCGGGCUGGACUCUCUGGAGUUCCACGACCGCUUCGACGGCGGCUCACUCUCCCAGAGCAACUCUGCUCACCGGCAGGCCGACAGGCACGUGUGCGCCGACUGCGGCGAGAUGUAUGGAGAUGUGUCCGGCAUCAAGUCGCACAUGUGCCCGCGCCGCGGCCAGCAGCCGCAGCAGAGCACCAUGUCCAACGGCUUUAUGGCCGGCUUGAGCUACCACGGCUCCGGCGGAACCUCGCUGCCCACCGGGAGCUCCAGCAGCCUGAAAGAAGGCGGUGGCCAGCGACAGUACUCCCAGGGUGGGGGCAAGAGGAUGAGCGGCAACGACAAGGACGACGAGGACGACGGGGAGGUUUACCAGUGCUCGGUGUGCGGCAACCACUAUGCUAGCCUCAGGGCCCUCAGGAGCCACCUGCGCAGCCACGCCAACAACCCCACGGGGCCGGGGCCUUCCAGCCUGGAGCAGGAGUGGAGGAUGAUCUGCUCCACCUGCGGCCAGAGCUUCUCCAGGAAGCAGGACCUCCUGAACCACCAGCUAGUCCACGGGCCCCAAAGGCAGGACGGUCAGCAGCAGCAAGGCAUCGCGGGUGGUUCGACCAAUGGCAACGACAAGAUGGAUGGACGCAACCACAUCUGUGUGGACUGCGGCAUGUUCUUCGCCGACCGGCACCACUUGAUCACGCACCUGUGCCCGGGUAAGAAUCGGGCCAGCUCUCUGAGCAAGCAGGCCCUGAAUGGAGCCAAAGGGAUGUCCGGGGGAGACAGCGUCAGCGGGGCGGGAGGACCCGGGGGGAGCCGUGACGUUGGCAGCGACGGACGCAGGUCUAUGGUUGACCAAAGCGACAAGCCCCACAAGUGUGACCAAUGUGGGCGGGGCUACAGACACCCAUGCUCACUCCUCAACCACAAGAAGUCACACAAGACCGGUGUGUUCCGCUGUCUUGUUUGUCAGAAGCGUUACUACAACCUGCUGGCUCUCAAGAACCACCAGAGGACCCAUUUCGAUCUCAAAAGGCACAAGUGUGAAGAAUGCGGCAAAGCAUUCAAGAUCCAAAAGCAGCUGAUAAACCACCUCCGCCUCCACGAGGAGCACCGGGCUAAAGGUCUGGUACGGACCAGUACCAACGGCUCCCGUUUCCAGCAGCCCGGGACGUCCCAGAUGCAGAGCAUGAGGGGGGAAUCCUCUAAGAGCCAGGCCAUGGCCGUAAAGUACAACCACCAGGGCUUCAAGAAGCCUUACUCCUCGGCUGGGACCUCGAGGCCACAGAAGUUCGACCCGUCAGAGACCGGGCGCCGGCCCUUCGCCUGCGAGGAAUGUGGUAAGACGUAUCGGCACGCCGGCAGCCUGGCCAAUCACAAGAACCUUCACAAAAUCGGGGAGUACCACUGCAAUGUCUGCAACUCCACCUACCCGAACCGGCUGGCCAUGAAAAACCACCUGCGCCUCCACUUCGCCCAGAAGAAGCACAACUGCCAGGAGUGCGGCAAAGGAUUCCGCACCCAGCGGCAGCUGGCCACCCACACCACGGCAGGCCUGUGCAAAGGGCCUCAGGGCCCCGGGGUCCAGAUGGACUUUGAGUGCGACGGCUGCUGCGAGGGCUUCACCACGGCGGACGAGCUGGCAGCCCACGACUGCCCCGCUCAGCACCUGCCCUCCUCCUCAUCCACCAACAGCUCUGCCAACAUCAGCCUGGAGAGGAGCUCGGUGGACCUGGAUUCGGACGAGAGGCCCUAUGCCUGCGACCUGUGCAGCUGCGCCUACAAGCACGCCAGCUCCCUGCUCAACCACAAGCACACGCACAAGACCGGCAACUUCCGCUGCAACUUCUGCGACAAGCCGUACACCAACUACAUGGCGCUGCGCAACCACAUGCGCAUCCACACCCAGCGGAAGAAGCACAUCUGCCACACGUGCGGCAAGGCCUUCCGGCUGGCCCGUUUCCUCCGGAACCACCAGAAGGUCCAUGAGGAGGGCGCCACCCCCUUCGGCUGCCCCACCUGCGGGAAGAGCUUCCAAGGCCGGUCGGGUCUGGCUCGGCACCGAUGCGGGGACAACCAGGUAGGCAUGGAAGUGAGGAGGAAGGCCACGGCACCCGCAGGAGAGGGCGACGAGUGUCGGUACACAUGUGACCAGUGUGGCCGGUCCUACCGCCACGCCAGCUCCCUCCUCAACCACAAGAACACCCACACCGUCGGCAUCUACCACUGCGCCGUGUGCCUCAAGACCUACUCCAACCUGCUCGCCCUGAAGAACCACCGCCGCAUCCACUCGGAGACGCGGCGCCACCGCUGCCACGACUGCGGCAAGGCCUUCCGCGUGUCUUCGCAGCUCUACAACCACCGCCGCGUCCACCAGAAGCAGCGGGAGCUGACCUGCCGUUCCUGCCAGCGAGCCUUCCCCACACAGGCCAGCUUCCGGCUCCACAUGGAGAUCACCCACGGCCAGCCGCCGCAGCCCCGCCAGCCCAGACCCCAGCAGCCCCGACCCGGGGGCUCCCAGGAGCUGGGCUGGGGGUCCGGCCUGGACCUCACCCUGAUGCAGGAGCAAGGACUCAACUCGAGCGCCGUGGGAAGGGUCCGUGCCCGGGGGGGCCAUGGCGAGGCCCUCAAGCCUCAUGUGUGCAACCAGUGCGGCCGGUCCUACCGUCACGCCAGCUCGCUGCUCAACCACAAGAACAGCCACAAGACUGGGACCUACUUCUGCAACUCCUGUCAGAAGGAGUUCCCCAACCUCAUGUCCCUCAAGAACCACCGGCGGAUCCACACUGAGCCCAAACGCUACCAGUGCCCCGACUGCGGCAAGUCCUUCCGGGUUUCCACCCAGCUGGUCUGCCACCGCCGCAUCCACACCAAAGAGAAGCCCUUCUCCUGCCAGCAGUGCGACAAGCGCUUCUCUUCCCGGUCCAACCUGAGGCACCACAUGAAGGUGCACUGGAGCGGCUCCUCAGCGCCCCCCCCCACGGCCCAUGGCGCACCCAACUUCUUGGGUAUGCCCGGCGGUGCCUUCAUAUAACCUACGGGAUGAGGGAGGGGUGUGUGUGGGGAACGAGGGCGCAGGGGGUCAAGAUGCAGUCACAUGCCAAGGUUUCUGGAAGUGCCAAAUGUAACUCUUCCUCCCAGAUUACCCUCCUCUUCCUCGCAGUGUGUGUGUGUGGUAAGGCGAGUCCUGUGUGACACCACAGACUCAAAAAACAGGAGGGACACACAAACUGUACACAAACACACACACACACCAGCGUCUUGUCCUGUCCUCCCUCCAUUAGCCCCCCACCUGAGGUCCUGCUUGUAGAUUUGUCGCACACAGACUGACUUACUACUUCUGCCUUAGUUCCUGCUGCACGUUUGGGGCCCGUAGAGACUGAUGAGCCCGGCGCUGUGAGUGUCCACGUGGAGGUCACAGGGAAUUUGUUGUUUUUAGUUCAACCCGUCGUGUCCAUUUCACACACAAACCAGCCGGGAGCUUAUUGGUGCAGCAGGAUUGUGUCCCGCCUCUAACCCUGGUUCAGCAGACGUUCAUUGGGAGUUUCUUCUUCUUCUAGUGGCCUUUUUGUCACUUUUUUUAUUAAAGCUGUUCAAACUAGGUAUUUUCAUUUGUGGGAAAUUAAGUCACACAAGGAGGCGAUGGUCAUGUCUGAGUUAUUGGAAGAGAAGCUUCCGUUGUCGAGUCACCAUGGUAACGCACCACAACGUCUCAGCUAAUUGCAUGUGUUUUUCACCGUGCUUUCAGCUGUAAAACAAACGUACGGGGUUAAAAGUCAAACAAGGACACCAAUUCAUUUAAGACAAAAGAAUUGAGGCGUCAGACUACGCAGAGAGACGCCAUCUUGUUUCUCAGGUCCUCUCCAGUGACGCCCGUCUCCGUCUCGCUGUGUCUGAGUGAUCGAGGUCUGAAUCUGUGACUUUAUGUUGUAAAAAGGAGAAACAAACCCCACAAAGUACCGUGAAGGUUGUAUAUUGUAUUGUAAUCGUACUUCUGAUAUCUAAAGUACCUCUUUUAUAAGAAGGAAAAAAGACGACAGACCAUUGUAGUAAUGCAUUUAUUUAUAUUGUUAUUAACACUUGUAAUGGACGGCGCUAGUCUUUAGGAUGUGUGAGUUUAGAGCUGUGUUGAUGUAAACACUUCCCCCCCCCUCCCCCCCAAACCGUUACCCAGAAUGCCCCUGUCUCGCUGAGAUGGUGGACCUUUUUUUACUCUUCUUGCCUUUUUAACGAGUGAUGUUGUGAUGGUCUUGUGAUGGGCCUUCCCAUUGUCCCAUUAACCCCCCCCACACCCCCCCCACACACACACACAGGCAUCACUUCCCCGUUUUCACUAAAAGUCAAACUCCCGUCUUGGUGACCCUCUUUGUCUGGAGCUCAUUCGUUCCUUUUUCAUUUCAAACCGUUUCUUGUUUUUUUUCAUGGUAGCCUCUUGUAUUUAUUGGUGUUUCUUUUUUUAUUCUUUUUAUUUAAUUGCGUUUUUUGACUAUUUGGAGUCCUCCGUGUGUGUUUUUGAAGAACACGGUUUGUCAGCGUUUUUCUGGAGCACUGGUGCUAGUUAAAAUAAAUAACAAGGUGGUCCAAGCCGU